AUGAGGAGCAACGGGAGUGAGCAGCAGGUGCUACAGCCCAAGGGCCCUGUGCGUGCAGAAGGUAAGGCACUCCUACUGUGGUGGAUGGUGGGUGGCUCCGACACCAAUGACAUCCUUAAAUGGGUCAAGGUGAGCCAUCAGCACUGGCAGGAGAUUUGUAACUUCAAACAUGGCUGCUUUCCUGGGGUGACACCAGUGAUCCAGCAGACACUGGAGCCACUUAGUUGUAACUAUUCCAUCUAUAUCCACAGUGUCCCCAGCAAGCAUGCUGGAAGCUACCACUGUGUGGGGGGUAGUGACUUGAGUGAGAAAUCAGAAAAGGUCCCGGAGGAGGGCACCUCCAUGCUUGUGAAAGGAGCCAGGGACCCAGACCCAGACCUCUGGAUCAUCCAGCCCCGGUUGGUAUUGGCAACCACUAAAGACACUGUAUUCCUGAACAGCACAGUGCUUGGAGAUAGUCCCCCAGAACCCAUUAGGUGGUUUCGGGGGGCUGGCCUGAGCCAGGAGGCCAUUUACAACUUUGAAGGUAUCUUCCACCCCAACAUGACAGCAGUCCAGGAUUCCAGGAGGGAUUUUAGCAUUCUUCUGCAAGGUGCCUCCACUGAAUAGGUAGGCAGCUACUACUGUGUCAAGUUUCAGAGGUUACUCAACGGACAACACCUGUCUGGACAGGGCACCAGGCUGAGAGUAAAAGCAAACUGCACUUCUCCCCAAGAGACAGAAUUCACCAAUGAGCAUGUAGACAGGAUGUUUCUAUCAGACCUCCUGUCUAUGCUCACUUUGAUCCUGCAGCUGAAGACAGUGAUCUUGGCUGCACUCCUGCUGGCCCUGGCUGCCUGCCGGAGGAGGCCCCAGCAAGAAGACAUCAAGACCCCAGGCCCAGCAGGACAGAGCCCCCCUUGGGGUGUGGGCCAUGGAUGA